GCUGGGCGGAGGCGUCCAGUUCUGUGCUGCACGUCACUGCCAGUGGAAGUCAGAGAGAGAGACAGAGGUCCCUGUCAUACGUCUCACGUGUGAAAGUGGGGGGAACGAAUAAAAGUGUUUUCUCGGGAUGCACGGGGCGUUCUCGCGGGCGAAAUGAUAUUAUAGUGCGCCAGGUAGUGCGUCACGGACAGGUACUGCGGGCGUGUGUGUUUGUUGUUGUUGUCGUUAGGUGGUCAGUACGCGCGUCCUCCCCCGACGCGGAGGAGGGACUGGAACAAUUUCGAUGAGGAUGUCGGUGCUAGGGAAGAGACAGCACUGCUACCUGUGCGACUUGCCGCGCAUGCCGUGGGCCAUGCUGCACGACUUCACAGAGGCGGUGUGCCGCGGCUGCGUCAACUACGAGGGCGCCGACCGCAUCGAGCUGGUGCUGGAGGCGGCGCGGCAGAUGAAGCGCGCCCACCAGGGCAAGCCGCCCCCGCAGCAGAUGCACGCGCGCGCCGGCGUGCACGAGAACGGCACGGCGGGGCUGGUCGAGCUGGCGCCCGGCGCCCACGGGGUCGGUGGCGGCUCCGGGGGCGGCGGCGGGGGCGGCGGCCGGCAGGCGCAGUCCCAGCAGCAGCAGCAGCAGCAGGUGGCGCCCGGGCCGCCCCCGCCGCCUCCGCAGGGGUACGCGAUGCACCACUCGCGCAGCAGCGCGGCGGCGGCGGCCGCGGCAGCGGUGGCGGCGGGGGCGACGGGCGGGCUGCUGGCCGAGUACCAGCCGGUGCCGCCCCCGCCGGGCGGCGCGACGGCCGGCGCCGGGGGCGGCGGCCGAUCCUCCGCCCCCGAGCACGACAUGGUGCGCGUGCGGCUGCCGCACCUGUCGGCGACGCAUCACGCGCUGGCGGCGGCGGUCGCCUCCCACCGGCCCCCGGGGGGCCUCAAGCGCGGCCUGUCCGCGUCGGCCGACCCGGGCGACGACGACCACGGCGCCGACUCGAAGCGGCUGCUGGCCGACGACCACGGGCCCGCGGGGGUGGGCCGGCCGCCGCUCACCAGGGGGGAGUCCCUGCCCGCCGUCUCCAUCAGCACGCCGCCCUUCCUCGAGAGGUCCUUCAAGGACAAGCACCCCAUGAGGGCGCCUUCCUUCGACACGGCCACCGCCUUCAAGAGCAACGGAUACCCAGGUGUGGCGAUGAGCGUGAGUGCAGGUGGAGCGGGCUCUCCGCUGGGUCCACGCACCAACACUCCUCCAGAGUCUGCAGCUGCCACGGCGGGCAGUGGUGCUGGAGCCGCUGCCCCUGGACAGUCCCCCAUGGCUGCUCUCAUGUCAGUGGCAGACAACUUGCCACCCGGAUCUCCGCGCUCUGCAGGAGGCAGCCCUCCGGGGCCACCACGCUCUGCUUCCAGGGGUUCCCAGCAUUCUCCCAACUCCUCAGGUUCCACGGGGAGUCGCCGUAGCUCUGGCAGCCGGACGGUGAGCUCGACCACAGUGACCACGUCCAGCGAAGCGGACGGUGCGGGUGCCGGCACGGGUAGUGGCGGAGCCGCUACAGGGCACGACGGAAAUUCUGCCGCGGCCUCGGGACCCGGACAGACGCCGGCGGGGACCGGCGGCAGUGCGGCGGGGACCGGCGGCAGCUCUGCCACGACACUGAAGUGUACGCUGUGUCAGGAGAGGCUUGAAGACACGCACUUUGUGCAGUGUCCUUCUGUUCCACAGCACAAGUUCUGUUUCCCGUGCAGCAGAGAGUCCAUCAAGAGGCAGGGUGCAGGUGCUGAGGUAUACUGCCCGAGUGGUGAAAAGUGCCCACUGGCUAACUCGAAUGUGCCGUGGGCAUUCAUGCAAGGAGAGAUUGCUACAAUCCUGGGUGAGGAGUUCAAGACGAAGAAGGAGACCUAGGGGUACGUCCAGAUGCAGAGGGUCAGAACGAGUCGUCGCUAGUCGUUAGCCUCGGCAGGGGCACGAAGGGGGGGCGGCAGCGCCUGUGCCUGCGGAGAACACCCCCGCUGCCUUCUUACUGCGGCUGGCCAGAAGGGGCCUGAGGAGAGCCCUCCCUUGUCUUUUUGGUCUAACGCUGCGGCCCCCCUUCCCUGAGAGAGUGGAGGGGGUACACCUCUAUUGUUUGUCUGGUCACUGGAGAAAUAAUGGGCUGUCACAGAAUGGCAGUGUGUCAUACUUAACCCCGAAGCUGAGACCUUUUCUAAAAGCAACAAACAAGUAAAUCUGCUGAUGGAAACAAUGUUGGUGAUAUAUUCUCUGAGACCGUUUGUCAAACUGUCUUGCCAUUUAGCUGUUCUCAGUGACCAUUUUGUGUAUAUAGAAUAACCUUCCACGGUGCGGAAGGGUGUAUUUGGAGUCUUCUUGGGAAGGUAUUAAGAAUUUUCCUGAAAUUGUACUGCUGUUCAGAAGUUUUGAUAGCAGUUUUUGAUUUAAUUUGCACGGUGAGAAUUACGUCCUCUGAGACUUUUGUCAGAAUUGUUUUUAGUCGGACUGACUGUAUUAGCAGCGCUUGUAUCUAGUAGGGACAACAAACAAAUAUUAUGUAUAUAGUAUAAAAAUCAGUCAUUAAUAAACAUAUUAAUAUUCAUAAUAAUAAGAAUAACAACUGAUACCUUUUUCUGAAUGUAAAUACGCAGUUUACAGUGCUUUGUGUAUUACACAUUACACUUAAUGUGAUGUAUUUAUGCGAGGGACAUGCCACGGAUUCACUGCUCGUGCAGUACCAGGUAGAGGGGACUGUUUUACCCCUCGCAGAAUCUGUUCCACUUUUAUUGAUCUUUAUAUUGAGCUGCGUAAUUGUGCUAGCCGCAUUACGGAGUUUUUCUGUGCACAAAAGUACACAUCAUGGGGAGUCGUUACAGUGUUUAUAAAUAUAUCAUUUAUUGUAAAUAAAUGAACUGUACAUAGUAUAUAUUAAUUUCCCUUUAUAUAGUGUUGCAUUGAACUGUUGUAGACUUUUUUAAAAUUAAGGCUAACUUGUAGAUCUUACACAGUUAAAUUUUAACUGUAACAUUUCAUGAAAAAGGACUGGAAAGUUUGUUUUUUCCCGAAAUGAUUCCUAGGUACAAACAGUGAUAAACUCUUUUUGACUCUUAGUUUUUAGCACUAAGCUACUUACUAAGUUUAGGAGUGAUUUUUUAACUUGUUUACAAAUUAGGUGUGUAUUCAUCUUUUUGUAUACAAACUAAUAUGUGCUGGACAAAUGUAUUAGUUCAGCUACUCUUUUGGAUUUGAAGGACUGAAAUAAAGAGUGACAGUGUUCAAAACAGGGUUGCACAAUAUUUUUGUGGUUUUUUUUUUGUGUGUGGAUGUUGUAGCAUUUGAGAGUAAUUUUGUUGAAUUGACUGUGGUUGAAUGCAUGUGUGUCAAGCCUUGUUUUAUUGUCUGAUCUUCGUGAAGUCUCAGCUACAUACCUUGUUUUACUUUUGUCGAUUGUGUAUCAUAUGUGGAUUGUGAUGUGCUGUUGAUGUUCAUUUGACAUGUGAGGCUGCCCAUUUCGAAUGAUUUUUAUAUUAUGUUAUGUCUCCAUUUAUGGCUUCAGUACUCUUGUCUCUUCACCGCUUGCAGGCCUGUUAUUGUGAUGAUCAUGUUACCUAUAGAAUCAGAAUAACUCUACUGCUGUUAAUAAGAGAAUGUUCUAAAAUAUUUACGUAUAGGAAAGGAUGGCAAUUUUAUGCAGUUCUGAUAAUGGCUGCAGAUAAUUAAUUUUAUAGAUGAGUUUUCAAAUGCUUUUAAAAUUGUCUUCAGUGAUGUAUGUGUAUGAAUGGAUAAGAAACUCCUGUUUUCUGUUGUUACUAAUAUGUGCUGCACAUUUUAUGUGGAGAGGUUCAGUUUUUUACAUAAUACAUAUUAUCACGUUGUUUUGUUUUGUAUAACCUUUUCACAAUAAAAAAUAGUCAUUGCCAGACUGUACAGUGAAGUACUGUAGACUAAAAGUAAUUAUCACAUGCAAAAUGUAGGUAUCUUUCACACCAGACUUAAAUAGCCAGUGUACAUCAAUAUGUUUCAAAUGUUGAAAUAAAGAGAUUAGUUGUUUGAGGCAAUUCCACAAUCUUUGGUUGGUCAAAUGAGCCAGUUGAUGAAGGGAAUAGAUCCUGAGGUUAUCUCGAGUUCUACAGCUGUGUUAGCCCAGUAUUCUCUUUCUUUGCUGCAGUACAGUGGACCAGAAGCAUCAGAAAAUGAGUCUGGCAGCUUAAUAGAAUUUUUUGCUGUUUGAUCGCAGGCAGUCACUGACUGCUUAUAUGAUAAGUUUUCUCACAAUAUGGCAGACCAUUGCUGCCACAUUAUCAGGAGUAUUUUGCUUUUUUUUCUGCAGCAAUGAUUUGUUUUGUUUUUAACUUCCUGUAGCUUUUGCAGUCAUCAGCCACCCUUUAUUGUGUAGUAGAUAACCUUCUUACCCUAGUCAAUGCCUGGACUGCAAUGUCCUAUAAAGGAACUCCAAAACUCGCUGGUGUGUUUUAACAAUUAAUCAGAAUUUGAUUAAAACCCUUGUGUAGUAAGACAAAUUUUACUAGCAAAACUUAGUACUAAUAGUGUCUCUAAUGAAAGGUAGUUUUGCAGCAAAACUAUCUCUAUUGUAUAACAAGUAUCUUUGUAAAAAGGUAAAGUUUUUUUUGGUCAGUGAUAGCUCAGAUGGACUAUUUUUAAUUAUAAUUGUUACUGAAAUGAUGAAUUAACUUAGAUGUUCCUUUUUGCCUUGUACAAAUAAAUAUGUUUGCUGUAAUACAGCUUGAGUUGAAGUAUAUAAAUGGUGUGAUAAAUAUGACUUCUAGCUUCUAAAGCAUAGCCAUCUAAUUCACUAACAGCUUGUGAAAAACAAAAACACACACACACACACACACACACACACACACACACACACAAUUUAUCCUUUCAUUCGCUACUUUGGAAACUUGUGGUAAUCACACAUUGUUACGCUGGGUCAAUCAGCCUCCAUACCUGAGCAGUUACGUUGGGUCAUUCUGCUAUGCAGAGGGCCUGGGUUCAGGUUCCAGUUCUGACAGGGAUGGUUUCCAGGAUGGGAGAACUGGAAUGAGAGCACUCAGCCACGUGAAGCGAGCUGAGGUGCCGUUUGAUAGAAAAGUAGUGGCUCAGGAAGUUGACAAUGGCGAGGAGAGUGGUGUGCUUACCAUAGGACCCUCCAUACUGCAUUUAAAUGAUGUCACAGCCAGAGGAUGACAUGUUAGCCUGUUCACGUGGCGGAAUCUUCAGGGCCUGUAGUUCUUUUUUGGGCUGGGUUGACAAUUCCAUUUUUCUGCACGCAGUGUUGAUCUGUUUGAAAUCAAGACAGCAAUAACCAUCUUUUGUGGGUUUUGAAAAAUGGUAGUGAAAAAUGUGAUUUGGCUCUGGCAGACUUGUGCGAACUACACCUUCUAAAAGAUCACACACACACACACACACACACACACACACACACACACACACACACACACACACACAAAUUCAGUAGCAGUAGAGGAUUAACUUUAGGAAUAUAUUCUGCUGCAUGAAUUUUGGAACCAAUUAGAAACAGCGCUCACUGUUCUAUUCACUCUGUGGACAGUGAUCAUUGCAAGCAGUAAAUGAUUUAGUAGUCCUUCCAUCACUAUAAUGGUACACACUACAGUUGACUGACACAAUGACUGAAGUCCAAGAAAUUGUUUCAGUGCUGUUAAAUGAUGUUAUUACAGUAUGUGCAGCAUGAAUUGCUACGAAUAAUUUAUAAUUCUAAAUUUAUUUCUGAACUGGGUUAGGAAUCUGUGUGAGAGUACUGUACUCUACUUCAAAUGACCUAGAAGCUAUUUAGCAGAAGGAGACUGUGGAAGGAGAAGUGAUUUGCAUUGAAACCUUAACUUAUCAUCAGGAGACUAACUUGGAAAUUGAUUGUGCCAAAUUGCAGGAGAGAGUAAGACACUAGUGUGUAGUCACAGUAUGGCAUAUUACUGUGCUGAAAGUGAAAAAAAAAGACAAUGAACUACUGUUCAGGUGGUGGUGUUAUGCAGCACUUUCCUAAAAAAAAUUAUGAAAGAAGUAUAGUCUAAAGAAAUUGUGGUAUCCUCCUUCCUUUGUAACUUUUUACUGUAUGCCCUUUGCUACAAAAAACACUCCGGUGUUCAAUUUCGAUCCUACACAUCCGGUUCCUUUUGUUGCCCUGUGCCUUUGGGGUUAGUGGCAUUCAAAAUCAUGAAACUCCUCAUUUUUGCCUGCUGGUACUAAGUUUCCUUUCUACUUGGAUAUCCUAUUACAUUAGCCACUUCUGUGCCAGGAUGGCAUUGGAAUAGAUCCCUCCUCCCCAAUUUCACGAAAGUGUGACACUGAAGUGAAGCUCAUAUGUCCUGAGCUUAUUAGAUUGUGCUGAAGAGUGGUUGAAAUGUGCAUGCAGUGGAAGUAAGGUUAUUACUUCCAUGCCAGAAACUCAUUUUCUGAUACCAGUAGCAUAGAUGGCGGGCAGAAUUGUUGCAGGUGGUCAGUCGGGGCAUUGCUUGCUGUACUGCUUCUCUGGAACCUGUGUAUCACGUCUACUUUGUCUUUAGUUAUUAAACUUCUGCUGGCCAUACUGCGUAGUAAAAAAAGUACUGAACACAGUAGCUGAGGUUUCCUGGUGGGGCACUGGUAGUAUUACUUAUUUGAAAGCAAAUGAGAUUCUCUAAGGUUUGAAGAUACAAGUUAUUUGUAGGCCAGUUUCAUAAGAGUAGGCUAUGUACAUAAAAUUCAUUGUCGUAUGUGGUAGACUCAGCUGUGAUGAACCUGAAACACCAUUUGAGAGACAGGAUCUGCAAGCCUGUUUCUCGGUCUGAAUGUGCUGAUUUUUAUCUUAGACAAUCUGUUUGCUUUAGAAGGCUGCAUUAGGGAAUAAUGUCUAAAAUGUAAUAUUAGUACAGUACGGUAGAGAAGUUGUGUACACAUGAAGCCUGUGUUUAUUGUUUUUUGAUGCUUGUAACCAUACUUGACAUGCUGCAGAAGAAAUUAUAUGCUCAUGAAAUAAAAUAUUUUUUGGUGUUUACAAUAA